UAUAGUGUGGAAAGUUUGUGGAAAUAGACAACCUCGCGGAGGUUGGGUGAAUUUUCGCAAAGUGAAUUUUACUCGAAAGUUAAGAUUUGAUUUUAUUCUCAUCUAAUUGGGUAAUGAAAAACCUCUAUCCAAGUUAAUACGCGUGCAUUAAAAGGAGAUUGACUAGUAGGAUUGGCCUGCGUUAAAUUAAUUAUUCCUUUGGGAAAAAAUACAGUGCUUCACAGAAAUACGAAAUAUCAUGGCGGUACCCACUACCGGUGUAGUUGUUCCUCGAAACUUUCGUUUGCUGGAGGAAUUAGAACAGGGUCAGAAAGGUGUAGGAGAUGGUACAAUUAGUUGGGGAUUAGAAAAUGAUGAUGACAUGACGCUUACACAUUGGACCGGAAUGAUAAUUGGACCACCUAGAACGCCGUAUGAAAAUAGAAUGUAUAGUUUGAAAAUUGAUUGUGGUCAGAAAUACCCAGACGAAGCACCCAGUGUAAAGUUUUUAAGCAGAAUUAAUAUGAAUUGUAUCAAUAGCACUACCGGAGCUGUUGACAAUCGCAAUGUACCAGUACUUUCCAAAUGGCAAAGAGAAUACACAAUCAAGACAGUUUUGCAAGAGCUGCGUCGUCUCAUGACACUCAAAGAGAAUAUGAAACUUUCUCAGCCACCAGAGGGCAGUACAUUUUAGCCUAACCACAUAUAAAUUUAUCACCUCUUCCUUUUUAUGGUAGCACGAGGAGAGAUAUAAUAAUAGAGGUACCAAAUAAUACUAAAAUGGUGCCCGGUGGAAAUAUAUGCUAAGAUGUAAUGCCUUUACGAAAGAAAGGCGAUAAUAGCUUGAAAAGUUGGAUAUGAAUUUUGUGUUUAGGUAAGCCGAGAAAGAGAAGAGCUGUUCGUCCUUUAAAUUUUAGGUCAUGUUUAACCGUUCGCAUGUUUCUAAUGUAAAAAGUUAUUUGUAAUUUUAGGUAAUAAAACUGUUACACGAUAGCCGUAAUCUUUCUCAUCUUAAGAGAUUAUUACCGCUUACUGUUUCUGAGAUGCUUAUGAGGUAUGUGCUCAUAAAAUAUAUUAUUCCAACUUUUCAAGCUAUUAUGGUAUAAAACAAAUAAAAGUCACACACAACAUAUUUUGAAUCUUAAACUGAAUACACCGAUUGUCUAAUAAAAAUAAUAAUCAGUAAGAAAAAAAUUAUGCCUUUGAAGUUUUUUAAAUGAAAGAGAGAAAGAACAAAUGAAAAAAAGGAGAGAAAAGAGAAGAAAAGAACAAAAAAAAAAAAAACAAUCUCUAAUAUACAAACCAACUAAUAUUUCUGUUUAUAAAUAAGUGCCAUCUCUUAUGAUUUGAAAAUUAUAAUUUUAUGGAGUUGUCUCAAUUAAUCAUAGAGACGGAUUACUGUGAAAGUUUCUAAACCUAUGUAAAUUUUGAUAAAUUGGUCAAUUGGUAAUACGUAGGUAGCUUGGAUUUAUAAUUCAGAUACAUUGAAACGAAGUUUACAGAAUAAAAUCUUCAUUGGAACAUAAUUCCUUUGAUAUGACUAAGUGACAAGAAGUAAAAGAAAAUUCUAUCUAACAAAAGUUAGAUUAUUAAAAAUGAAUUCAUCCAAAAUUUUGUAUAA